AGUAAAAACUAAUCAUCAUUAGUUAAUUAUUUUCCUCCGAAACAAUUGAAACAAUUGAAAUGUUAAUCCAAUUGUCCAUUAGUUUAAUUAUCUUUGUGGUUACAGUUUCAUCGUAUCCAAGUGACCAUAUAACUUUUCAACCAAUUCGAGUUGAUUGGGAUAAGUUCUAUGGUAAAUGGUAUGAAUUUGCUCGGGUUGACCACAAACUCGAAGCGGGGCUGAGUUGUGUGACAUUUGAUUUCGUCGCUGGUACAUCUUACCUGAAUGGACAUCCUUACGAACAGGUAGCUUUCGAUGAUGAGUUGAAUCAAUACUUUAAUGUGGCCAAUGUUGAAUUGAAUGAAGGUGAAGCAAUACUGGACUAUGGAAGAGAUAACUAUCUGUACUCAGUGAUUGAUACAGAUUAUGAAAAUUAUGCAAUUGUAAUUGCAUUUGAUUUAAUUGAUUCAUCAAACAAUCAAAUUUCAUCUCUAACGAAAAAAAUCGUUUGGAUUUUAUCACGAACGACAAAUCUUAAUGAAACAAUUAAGACUCAAAUCUACCAAAAAUUGGCUGAUUAUUCAAUUGAUAAAGAUCAAUUAACUAUCAAUGAUCCAACCAAAUGCCCUGAGUAUUGAUUAGCUGAUUGUUUGGAUAUUUUCAGUUCCAGUUAACUCAUAAUUAUUUAAAUAGCAAAUACAAAUAAAAGUAAAUUCUCACAGAA